AUGGUUCCGAGCAAUGCGUACGCAUUGAACGCUGGGAACCCGGAAAUGACCCGAAUCUAUUCUCGCAGCCUGAGGCAGUUGCCUAUUAACUACUCCUUCUGUCGUAUCGUCGAUGGUAUCGUAGAAUAUCGUUUCGUUCAACGAACAAGUUAA